AUGAAGUUCACCACCGCUCUCAUCGCCCUCGCUGCCGUCGCCUCCUCGGCCAUGGCUGUCGUCCCUAUCCCCGUCGAGGGCUGCCAGAAGACCGUCGUUGUCAAGUCCACCGACACUGGCUGCAUCCAGUUUGCCGGUGACAACGGAACCACUUUCGCAAACUUGUUGAAGUGGAACAACAAGCUCCGCGGCGACUGCGCUAACUUGGAUGUCGGCCACCCCUUGUGCGUCUUGGGCCCCAAGGAGCCCACCACGCCCGCCAAGAAGCCUACCCCCAAGCCCACCACGCCCGUCAAGAAGCCUACUCCCAAGCCCACCAAGCCUGUCAAGAAGCCUACUCCCAAGCCCAAGAAGCCUACUCCCAAGCCCAAGAAGCAUACUCCCAAGCCCAAGAAGCACACUCCCAAGCCCAAGAAGCCCAUCCACAAGCCCAAGAAGCCUACCCCCAAGCCCACCAAGAAGCCUACCCCCAAGCCCAAGACGCCUACCCCCAAGCCCAAGACGCCUACUCCCCCUGCUGUCCCCAAGCCCAAGGAGACCUACGCCAAGCGCAACUUCUUGAACAGACUUUAA